AGACAAUCAGGAUGAGAUUCUUGAUUCGACGAACAAUUCAUUGGCUUGCCCACUCUCGAAUAUGCGAUUGGUAUGCUGUGCCUGUGGCUUCUCUUUCCAAGAAGGUUUCUUUAAGAAAUGACUUUAACACGUGAUUAUAAAGCUUCUUGACGCGACUACGGCACUAAUGCCAGCAGCUUUUGCUUUGUCGGAGUUUGUUCGUUAGAUUUACUUGUUAUUAAAGUUCAGACACUAAGACUAAAUCUAGAACUACGGAAGGCCCCGCUAACUCGUCUGUGGAGGAUGAGGUUACGUAUGGCUGCGGACGACGGAACCCGCUGUGUCCGAAGUGAGCUCGUGUGGCUCCGAGUAUGGUUCUUCUCGUCGUGCUCCCUGCUGCAGCUUCUAGCAAAUUUCGGCGUUUUUAGCCACGCCAUCCCUUUCCGCGAUUUCUACUGGAUCGAAAGUCACGACGCCGCUACGGGGUAUCUGUACGCAAAGACAUCGUCUUCAAGCAUGGCCACAACGACGCUCUACUCGAACCAGAACAACAUGCUGGGGACGUCGUCGUCGACGAGAGAAAACCCGAUCAACAACUGGGUGAUAACCCAGACCGGUCCGCUCUCUCACCAGCUCGACUGCGGCGCCCGUGGCUUCGACCUGCGACCAAUGUGCUUCUUCCAUGAAGACGAACAGUUCGAACCAACAACGGACCACGCAGGCGGAGACAAGUCGGAAAACAUGGACGGCGCUCCUGCUCUUGACAAGAAGCUUGCUGGUGUGCGGCAAACCGAUCCCGAGAUUUACUUCCACCACGGGUUGAUUCCUGUGAAAGUGGUAAAAUUUGAGGACGUCCUGAACGAAGUUUCUGCCUGGGUGAAAAACGACACAGAAACGACGGGCAAUCAAGACCCGGUCAUUCUCGACAUGUCCCAUUUCGUCAGCCGUACUGCCUCGACGAGGAGCGACGUGCAGGCCAGCUCAGUCGCUGGAGCUGAUCACCUCGCGAUGAUUGCCGCCGGGAAACAAGAGGAUGCAGGACGGGACACGUUGCGCCGUCAGAAAAUAAUCCCGGGAACGAAACGCGAACACGAUCAGCGCUGCUACGAGGCGGUAAAGGCGCGGGCUGUUGAACUUGGAUACCCUUGGUUUGAUUCAUGUAAUUCCAGCAUGGUAAACGUAAACGCGAACUGGCCUGGCCGGCCCGACGCAAAGCCAAAGCAAUCCCGCUCAGGAAAUGGUGGAGGUGUGAAGAGUCUCGCAGACACAGACGUGACAGAUGUUGUCAAGACGUAUGGGAGAAUCCUGCUACUUCACGGAGCGGCGUGCGUAGAUGGGAAUUACGACCCUGGGGUGAAGUGUGAAGAUUGGAAUUUGCAGGACGUACAUGCUGAAAAUCAGCUAGACAGCACAAGAGAAAAACUGGAUGACGCGCAGCGAAAAACGUUCUCGCUGGGAUACGAUUGCCAUACUGACAAGUCGGUGCCUGAGAGCAGGGUGCGAGUGGACAAAAAACAUAGUUCUAUCGCAAGAAGAGCCCCCACCGGCCGGGCGUGGGACACGUUCUUUUCUUACUGGGAUAAAACUGAAAAGAACGUCGAUCAUAAAGGUCGUUAUUCAAGCGACACAGGUGGAGCAGCACGACACCCUCCUGCAAGGUCUGGGUUUCGCAUGCUGCAAGCGCAUUGGCAAUACGAUGCGUCGAGUAUCUCCUUUGCUGAGGCAAGAUUUGGCUUGGAUGCCUCCGUCUUGUUUGACAAUGAAAAGUCAGGCAUGAACUUUAUCGCUGCAGACAGAGUACAGAAGAACGCCGGGGCGAGGAAUAAAGCUUGGAAUAUCGUCGAGGUAAAUGAUAUGGAAGCGUCAGGUUUGAAAUCGUCAAAGUUGAAAUACGGUAGGGAAAACUGUCCCCACUACCCCGGUUUUCCCCAAAGACAAUUUUUUUUUUUCGAUCCAAUUGUAAGCAGGGCGGGCCCUUCGCAAGCGACCUGCGCCGCGAAUGGCCAGACCGAAGCCCGCUCCCCCAGGUGUGUUGCUGGACUCAAAGACACUGCACGCCUUGCCCGGCUUUUUGGGGCGCAAGCAGCUCGGGGCCCGCGAGGCAGCGCCCUGGGCAAGGCGCCCAUGCCAGACCCGCCCCCCGGCCACCUAAGGCUGAACGCAAUGCCCCUUGCCGCGGACCUGUCUUCUCCGCUUGAGGCUGGCCGGCACCGUUUCCCUGAGUGCAUGUUCGGACACGCUGGCGAGAAAAAAAACGUAUGCUGGGGAUUUCGGCCCUAAGCAGCUAUCUACGCACUUUCGGCCUCCAAAACGAGCACCAGAAACCUCCCGAAAAGGUACGCAUGCACGACCCCCAGGGAAACGGUGAGGCCGGAGCCUCAGAAGUUGGGCGCGGCCAGUGUGGCGGGGCCGCGUUGCAGUAGCCCACGCGCGGAUGGGGCCGAAGUAGCUACACACAUCCACAAAGCUUGCUGCCCCGUCAGCUCAUGCGCCGACUUUUGCGCGCCGCUAUCCCGCUUGCUCCAUUGCAUACGUAACAACCUCAGAAAGUAUCCGUGAAGAAGAUCCACUAGCGGACACUAUCCGGGCGGGCUGUGCGGCCGGUGGCCGUGUUGUUGCGUCAGUUCAUAAAAAAAUUUUUGAUUUGGGGAAAACCGGGGUAGUGGGGACAGUUUUCUCUAACGUAUGAAAUAAUUUGUAAUGCAUAAAAUGCAUGACCCGAGGCGCGUGUGUUGCAGAGCAGGCAAGUGAGGCCGAUUGUAAGCCUGUUUGGGGUUACAGCUCGAGCUGCUAAAGUAGCAUGAGAAAAUCGCUCUUCUUUGCCUAAACAGCACGACAAACUGGAUUUAAGGGCCGCCAAGAUUUGUCAUGCGCCACUCGGAAACUGGGCUUCAGUUGGCAUCCAUUUUAUGCAUCACAAAUUAUUUCAACUUUGAGGAUUUCAAUCCUGACGUUUCCAUAAAUGACGUUUGCCUGGAUAAAGGACAACUUGCAAAGGUUGUGAGGACGUUGAAUCAGGACGCUGAGGAUCGUGAAAGAACGAACGAGAGCUCGUCAAUCGACAUGGAAGAAGUUCACAUGUAGAAGUAAGCGAACUGUUACAGCUCCUGAUUCGCAUGUUCUCACCAGGCACACACUUGUGCAGUGGCGUGAUUUUAUUUGAAUUGUGCCGCAAUUAUAACACUAAAGUGUCAAGCUUGACAUUUGUGUCAAUUAGGUCAUUGACGAUGAGCGCAC